AGAGCUGCUUGACAAAUCUACUGUUGUAAGGUAUGCUGCACUUUUUCCACCGCAUCAUUUACAGAGAGCCGUUCAACCACAGAGACCAAGUUUUCAGUUCCACUCUGGUCGGGGCAUUGUUAGGUGGUGGGGACGGCCUAGUCCCCCACCUUGAUCAGGCCAGACACCCCACAGGUCCCCAGCCGGGGGCAGACAAGGAGCCAUGAGUACAAGCAAACCCAGUGGGCUCAAACCUCCCAGCAAAAUAGGCCGGCCAGCAGGUGUGCCAGCCAGGACAUCCCCCUCCUCUGGCACUCCAAAACCACUUCCUCCAGAGAAAUCCCCUGGCAGUGUGACCUCCCCAACCCAGGAUGGCGCCGGGGACUUUCAGAUAGGAGAGAGGGUGUGGGUCAACGGCAACAAGCCUGGCUAUGUGCAGUUUGUCGGGGGCACACAGUUUGCCCCUGGGCAGUGGGCAGGCAUUGUGCUGGAUGAGCCUAUUGGGAAGAACGAUGGAUCAGUGGCAGGCGUCAGGUACUUCCAGUGCGAGGAUGGGAGGGGGAUUUUCACACGGCCUUCAAAACUGUCCAGGACUGCACUUCCAGAGAAAGAAGUGAAUGGUGGGCAGGCCAGUCCAGCACAAGCAGCCCCCGCACCAAGCGAGUCUGCACCUACUGGCACUACCUCAACUGGUAACACGGGCAAAAUUAUCAGUGAAAAUGCAGUUCAGGGCACUGGCAUAAAGACAAGUGGCACAAUAAAUCGAGCGCUCACAGCCAGCGAGUCAUUGUCUAACCUUUCAGAGACAGACUCAAUGAAGAAGAACAGAAGAGAGCUGAGGCUGGGAGACCGUGUGCUGGUUGGGGGCACCAAGGCAGGAGUUGUACGGUUUCUGGGAGAGACGGACUUUGCCAAAGGAGAGUGGUGUGGAGUGGAGCUGGACGAACCGCUCGGCAAGAAUGAUGGAGCUGUUGCAGGGACGAGAUACUUUCAGUGCAUGCCCAGGUAUGGUCUUUUUGCGCCAGUCCACAAGGUGACACGUAUUGGCUUCCCGUGCACCACCCCCACCAAGACUAAGAGCUCCAGGAGGAGGUCCACCCUCAAGAGGAGUCCCAGUGCCUCCUCCAUGAGCUCGCUCAGCUCUGUCACCUCCUCAAUCAGCGGCAAACCCAGCCGAGCAGGACUGCUGACAGAGACAUCCGCUCGGUACGCCCGUAAGAUUUCUGGGACCACAGCGUUGCAGGAAGCUCUGAAGGAGAAGCAGCAGCACAUUGAGCAGCUGCUAGCCGAGAGGGACCUGGAGCGAUGUGAGGUUGCAAAAGCAACUAGCCAUGCAGGAGAGGUGCAGCAGGAGCUGGCCCUGCUGAGAAAGGGACAGGAUCAGUAUGCCAUUGAGAUGGAGGCAAAGUUGGACCAGUUGCGUUCCCUGGUGGAAGCAGCAGAUCGAGACAAGGUGGAGCUGCUCAACCAGCUGGAGGAGGAGAAGAGGAAAGUGGAGGAUCUACAGUUUCGUGUAGAAGAGGCGUGCAUCACCAAAGGAGACCUGGAGACGCAGACCAGACUGGAGCAUGCCCACAUAAAGGAGCUUGAGCAGAGCCUGCUCUUUGAAAAGACCAAAGCUGAAAAACUCCAGAGGGAUUUAGAGGACACUAGGGUUGCCACAGUGUCUGAGCGGUCCAGGAUCAUGGAGCUGGAGAGGGAGGUGGCUGAUCUGCAGCUCAGGCUGAGGGCCUCCCAGCAGACAGAGGAUGCCGUAUCUCUGUCCCAGCAGCAGCUCAGCAACCUCAAGGCCCAGGCACAAACUCAGGAGAAAAAGAUCAGUGAGCUGAGUGUCGACCUGGAGAGCAAACAGAAAGAGCUUCAGUCUGUACAGCAAGAUAAGAGCUCACUAGAACAGCAGCUAACUAGCCUGAGACAAAAGCUUGACACAGCCGAGGAGGAGAACCGGAGAACAGCAAAAACCAUGCAAGAGCUGGAGAAGAGUGUGGAGCAGGCAAAGAAAGACAACCAAACCCAGAAAGAGGAGAGCUGUCGCAGAGAGAAAGAGCUCCAAGACCAGCUGACACAGGCCACGGAGAAUUCUGAGUGCACAGCUCAGUCACUUGAGCAGCUGACUAAUGAGAAGAAGACACUCGAAACUCAGCUUGAGGCUCUGAAACAGCAGAACUCCAAAUACCAGGAAGAGCUCAGUCUCUCUAAGGAGAGGAGCAGCUCAGAAAACCAACGAAUUGGAGUUCUCUGCAAGGAAAUCGAGGAGCUGAAGCUGGCCUCGCAGAAGUCUCAGCACCUUGAGGAGCACAACGAGGAUCGUAACAGUCAACAGCCAGACAUGAAAGACAGAGAACAAGAAGGGGAAACAAACUUCCAGAAAUCCACUGGAGCUUUAAUCUCAGACAAAGACCGGGAGCUUGAAACUCUGAGGAAUGAGAUCGCAGUGCUGCGAGGAGAAAACGCCAUGGCCAAGACCCUGCAGUCAGCGGUGGAGACUCUGGAGAGAGACAAAGCCCAGUUGCAGAGCCGCGUUCACAGCCUAGAGCAAAGGCUCAUGGGAACGCAGGCCUCAGAGGGAGAGGACAGGGAAGCUGCAUCUUCAGGCGAUGCUGCUCUGGACCAGCUGCGAGAAGAAAAGGAGUUUGCCGAGGGACAGAUCAACUUCCUGAACAGCGUGAUUGUGGAUCUACAGCGGAAGAACGAGGAGCUGAAGAUCAAGCUGAAAAAGAUGGCUUUGGCUGAGUUCAAUGGCAAUGAUGAGACAGACGGGCUUGGCGAAGGCGUGUCAAAGCGGGAGAAGAAGGCUCCUCCACGUCUGUUCUGUGAUAUCUGCGACUGCUUUGACCUCCAUGACACAGAGGACUGUCCCACCCAGGCCCAGAGCCCCGACUCUGUACCCCACUCCACCUACCAUGGCAACCCAGCCGACGAGAGGCCCUACUGCGACAUCUGCGAGGCCUUCGGACACGCCACAGAGUCUUGCAACGAUGAUCAGACCUUCUAGAGGUUUCCACACUGACAUCUCCAGACGGAAGAACUCUAACUGUAAUUAAUAAACCAUCACCCUCCCUUCCCUUCACUUUGCCCCGUUCAUCUCAAUCUCAAUUUGACCGGCUCCUGCUACUCUCCCUUACUACACUUCCUACAGUCCAGCUCAACAUGCCUGACAUUAGGCCCUGCACAGCCAAACAACAGAUUUUCCAUAAGUAUUUUUAUAUUGUAUUUAUGUAUAUCAUUGUCACCCAUUCUCCUAAUCUAAAUCCUUUAUCCCACGAAAGACUCCUAAUCUUUUCUCCUAAGCUAAGCUGUUCUGAAUAUAAUGCAGAAUGCUUGUCCAAAUAUGCUGCUUUUGUGCAAUAUUUAUGUUUAUAAGAGAAGGGAUCCAUCCUCAGCACUUGCCAUUUAUUUUUUUAAUGUGUGUUAUUUGCUUUUUAUUUUGUGUCUAAAUACAUCAUGGGUGAUGAUGGACAUCCAGUUCCUAAUGGGCUUUAUUUGUUAAUUAACAAGGAAAAAGGAAGCACAGAUAAGCACAGUUAAAAUUGAAGGGAAAAUUAAGCACCAGACAUAAUGCCUCUCCAACAUUCCUGUCUUCUGUAUCACAUUCCAUUAUUUUUGAGGCUAAAAACCAAUAAUGCAAUGUAAGACGUUUUACAUUUGUUUCAGUAACAUUUUACAAAGGCUUUAUUGUGUAUUAACUGAAGUGUUAACCUAUGGAAAAGUACUGAAGUACAUAAUUAUAUUGUUUAAUUCCCUUAGACAGGUACAUAACAAUGUAUAUGCUAACAUUACAAUAGUAUAACAGCACAAUAUAGUAACAAAAUGCUGUGUUUGUAAUACAUACGCAUUAAGCUACACAUGGUUAUUGUGUACUUACACUCUUUUCCACAGGUUAGCAUACACAAGACGAGGCCGCUGUAAAAUAAGAGUUACCGAGGAAUUGUUUUAGCUGAUGAUGAAAUUAUGUUAUUUAUUCUGUCUGGUUAUAUGAGAUUGGUGUAUUCAAAAUCUGUCACAAAUUACAGUAAUAUUCUUACAGGAAAAUAAGCUAGCACUGAUACUAGUGUAUAGUAUAUACUAGGACCACUUUAUUAUAAAUGGGUUUUUAAAACACACUGUUAGAUGUUACAGGAACUCACCCAGAUGAAGACUAUAGAAGCCUGUAGUAACUUAGUAUUGCACUGUCCACUUUAAAGAUUCAACUUUCAAGAGGCUUAAAAAUAGUUACUCUGACGCAAAAUACAGAUGUCAGGUGUUAGCAUGAAGGUCAGUCCAGAUUAACCCCAUUUUAUAUUGUUUAUGGAUUUCAUAUGUUGUCCCGUUAAAGUUAUACCUGUAUAGUAAUGUGAAUUUUAAUUAUCUUAAUGUUCUUAAGCACAAGUUUGGAUCAUAUUGAAUCUUUCAGUGUAACAAUAUAUAGUGUAUGUGACUAACCAGACACUUGUCUGUAAAUAAUGAUCAGAAGUCUCUUCUGGUAAAUGUGCACACAGUGCCAUGGAACAGAAAUACCUUUGAUGUGUACUGUAUUUUAUUUUUCUGCCCUGUUGAUAAGAUUGACAUUGUAUGAUAAGUAAGUUUCCACUCCAGGGAAAGCCCACUUUGAUAGAUAUUGACUUUAACACAUUGUGUACUUUCUACUAAGUGAUACGUCUAACUCGUGCAAUGUUUUAUAUAUGUAAGUUUCAGGCACCACCUAUAAAUGGUUUCUUAGCAUUAUACAAAGUGUUCAAACCAUUUACAGGUGUGGACGCAUUGUACAAUGUCACUGUUUUCUAUGUACUGUAUACUCCUAACAUUUCAGUAGGAAUAACAUGGGAAAAAUAGACCAUGUCUGCUUGUUUUGUGCUUUUUUUCUAUGACUUUCUUUAUACUGCAAUACUGUUAAAAAAAAAAAAAAAAAAAGGCAGAAGCAUUAUGUAGGUCUUUGCU